GGACGGAGUUCUCUCGGUCGAGAAACUGGCGGCAAUUUACCAGAGGGCACUGUUUGGGAGUGGCUGGAGCACGGAGCAAGUGGUGGAAAUCCUGCGGGGGUUGGAAUUAUGCGAUUGGGUGGACGGCGAAAAGCGGGAGGUGCUGAUACCGGCGCUGUUGGAGGGGAGCCGGGAGGCUCUGCACGGUUGGAGCAACUACCGGACGGAGCAGCCGGUGUUGGGACGGAGGCUGAGCUGCGGGCCAGACGCGGGGACAGUGUUGCCGGCAGGAGUCUUCACCCUGCUGCAGGUUCGAUUGCGUAAAAGGUUUCGGGUUCGAGGGGAUAGUGAGUUCGUGACCGACGGGGUCUCGGUCUCGUUCUUGGUGGACGGGGCCGCGCUUCUGGUGCAUUUCGACCCCGCGCGCGCGCGCCAGCUGAGCAUCGUGGCAAAAGUGCGCGACGUGCGGCGCCAACUGGUCGACGGCCUCGAUCGGGUGGAGGAGAUCUGCAGGGAGGUGUACCAGAUCUGCGCGGAGAAGGGUGUCCUCAACGAGCACUGCGUGAAGGAGGAGGUCAAGUUGCGGCGCAGCAAGGGGCUGAGCGGGUGGGAGGCAGAGGCGGGCCGCUGCUUGCGGUACUCGGAGCUCUUGACGACGGCUGAGCUCGAGGGAGUGGUGGGCGAAUUGACGGGGGCUCGGCAGGACGAGCUGCCAGACGCGGACGCGCCGGAGUUUGAGGGCGACCGGGGGCUGCGGGAGCUCAUUGUGCGCACCGGCGGCACAGUAGUUGAGGCGGGCAGGCAAGGGGAACGGAGAAUACUGGCGGCCGGGCAGCGGCGACACGAGGAGCUGAUGGCCGCAAUCGAGGACCUGCGGAAGGGGCAAGGCGUGCUUCUGAAGCAGGUCGAGCAGCAGGGGCGCUUCCUGCGCACCCAAGCUAGCCUGCCUCGCUUCAUGUACGUGGCAGACGAGCGCGGGUUGUUCACUCGGCUGUGGGACGUGCUGUCGAGGACGGCGACCCUGCACCUGCUCUGCGAGGGGGGCCGGAUGCCGCACGUGGUGGCGGACCAGCCGGGGAAGACGUUCCAGGCGACUCGAGAGUGGGCCAAGACCGCCGGGCCCUACCUGCAGUACUCCCUGCGCGUGCUGAUCGUCGUCGCCAAGAUCGCCGCCAGCGCGGCCGCCCCCGGGGUGGACCGGCUGAUCCCCGACGUCGCAACCGGGCUCUUCUCCUCAGCGGAGGGCGAAAAGCUGCGCCAGAUCCUGGGAAAGGCGGUCGGUACAACGCUGGCCAAGGAGGUCGCCACUUUCGCUGAUGACGUCGGCAAGUGGACGGACGCCGAACUAGGGCGGGGCGCCGGGGCGGACGGGCUGGGGGGCGCGGUGCAGGACUCGUUACUGUUUCUGCUCGAGAAAGUGGGGGCCGCCGCGGAGAGUGUGCUGAACGACAGCUUCAAGCUGUGGAAGGUGGAGGUGCGGCGGGCGUAUGCGGGCAAGGAGCCGGGUCAGGUGAUCUGGGUGUGCGAGAACUGUAAGAAGGACCUGGGGGCCAAGCAGUUUGCUUCCUGGCAGCUACGGCUGACGGGGGCCCUGGGGAACGCUCUUUGGAACGAGGCGUACGGCCCUCACGAGCGACGCUUUUGCGGAGCGGACCGUGGCCGGGCAAGCUUUGGAAAGAAACGGACCUGGAUGGGUAGGACCGGUCCAUGGGAGUGGGGAGACCAGCGGCCUCGGUGGCGGUUACGAGCUGGGAGGCUUGCCGGGGGCGCGACCGCGCACAAGCGAACGUGCUCGAGCGGAGGGGUUCCGGGUCUGGAUGGUGGAUCGAAGCUGCGUGGACUGACAGCAAGAGACGGGCCGAGACGGAUAAGACUGGCUGAGGGGAAGAAAGAGACCAGCGCUCUCGGUGCCGGUGACGAGCUGGGCUGCCGCGGCCGCGACAGCGCCCGAGUAGACGCGUUCGGGGCGAAUGGCUCUUUGUCCUGA